AGCUAGACGUUGCUAACAGACGUUGAUGCAGAUUGUAUACCGAAUGUAAUGUGUUUAAGAGACUUUUAAAACACAUACAAAGUAAAGGCAUUAAAGGGAGAUUAGUGUGUUUAACGGCAGUGUUUUAUCAAGGAGAGGAGAGACUGAAGAGCCAGGACGAAGACGAGAGAGAGAGACACACAGCCGGAGAAGGAGCACUGAGAGCAGCAUGGAGGAGAACAAAAAGACCCCUGGAGCUCAGAAACCGAAAGGAAGAGAGAGACGUCACAGCUGUCAGCAAUGUGACAAAUCCUUUACAACAUCUGAAUAUUUAAAGCUCCACCUGCGUAUUCAUACUGGAGAAAAACUGCACAGCUGUGAAGAGUGUGGGAAAACGUUCACGACAUCGGGUGCUCUCAAAACACAUCAGCGUAUUCACACUGGAGAAAAACCGUACAGCUGUGAAGAGUGUGGGAAAACGUUUACUCAAUCAGGUGCUCUCAAAACACAUCAGCUUAUUCACACUGGAGAAAAACCAUACAGCUGUGAAGAGUGUGGGAAAACUUUCACUAAAUCAAGUAAUCUAAAAUCACAUCAACGUAUUCACACAGGAGAAAAACCGUACAGGUGUGAAGAGUGUGGGAAAACAUUCACAACAUCAGAUGGUCUCAAAUCACAUCAUCGUAUUCACACAGGAGAAAAACCGUACAGCUGUGAAGUGUGUUUGAAAACAUUUACUCAAUUAGGUACUCUCAAAUCACAUCAACUUAUUCACACGGGAGAGAAACCGUACAGCUGUGAAGUGUGUUUGAAAACAUUCACGACAUCAAGUGCCCUCCAAAUACAUCACCGUAUUCACACAGGAGAAAAACCUUACUGGUGUGAAGAGUGUGGGAAAAUGUUCAAGACAUCAGGUGAUCUCAAAAUACAUCACCGUAUUCACACUGGAGAAAAACCUUACUGGUGUGAAGAGUGUGGGAAAAUGUUCAAGACAUCAGGUGAACUCAAAUCACACCACCGUAUUCACACUGGAGAAAAACCAUACUGGUGUGAAGAGUGUCGGAAAACUUUUUCUCAAAGUAUCAGUCUUACGGUAUUCCACGAGCGAAUCCACACCGCAUAAGAGAGACGUCACAGCUGUCAGCAAUGUCACAAAUCCUUUACAAAAUCUGGAAAUUUACAGCUCCACCUGCGUAUUCAUACUGGAGAAAAAACGUACAGCUGUGAAGAGUGUGGGAAAACAUUCACUAGAUCAGAUCAUCUCAAAACACAUCACCGUAAACACACUGGAGAAAAACCGUACAGCUGUGAAGAGUGUGGGCAAACGUUCACUACAUCAGGUUCUCUCAAAACACAUCAACGUAUUCACACGGGAGAUAAACCGUACAGCUGUGAAGAGUGUGGGAAAACAUUCACUCAAUCAAGUAAUCUAAAAUCACAUCACCGCAUUCACACUGGAGAAAAACCAUACAGCUGUGAAGAGUGUGGGAAAACGUUCACUCAAUCAGGUGAACUCACAAUCCAUCACCAUAUUCACACUGGAGAAAAACCAUACAGCUGUGAAGAGUGUGGGAAAGCAUUCACUACAUCAGGUCAUCUCAAAGCACAUCAACUUGUUCACACUGGAGAAAAGCCAUACAGCUGUGAAGAGUGUGGGAAAACAUUCACUGGAUCAGGUAAUCUCCAAACACAUCAACGAGUUCACACAGGAGAGAAACCUUACAGCUGUGAAGAGUGUGGGCAAACGUUCAAGACAUCAGGUGCUCUCAAAACACAUCAACGUGUUCACACUGGAGAGACACCGUACUGCUGUCAGCAAUGUGACAAAUCCUUUACAACAUCUGGACAUUUAAAGACCCACCAGCGUAUUCAUACUGGAGAAAAACCGUACAGCUGUGAAGAGUGUGGGAAAACGUUCACUAAAUUAGGUAAUCUAAAAUCACAUCAACGUAUUCACACAGGUGAAAAACCGUACAGCUGUGAAGAGUGUGGGACAACGUUCACUAAAUUAGGUAAUCUAAAAUCACAUCAACUUAUUCACACAGGUGAAAAACCGUACAGCUGUGAAGAGUGUGGGAAAACAUUCAAGGCAUCAAAUAAUCUCAAAUCACAUCAACGUAUUCACACAGGAGAGAAACCGUACAGCUGUGAAGAGUGUGGGAAAACAUUCAAUGUAUCAAGUAAUCUAAAAUCACAUCAACGUAUUCACACAGGUGAAAAACCGUACAGCUGUGAAGAGUGUGGGACAACGUUCACUAAAUUAGGUAAUCUAAAAUCACAUCAAUUUAUUCACACAGGUGAAAAACCGUACAGCUGUGAAGAGUGUGGGAAAACAUUCAAUGUAUCAAGUCAUCUUAAAUCACAUCAACUUAUUCACACAGGUGAAAAACCGUACAGCUGUGAAGAGUGUGGGACAACGUUCACUAAAUUAGGUAAUCUAAAAUCACAUCAACGUAUUCACACAGGUGAAAAACCGUACAGCUGUGAAGAGUGUGGGAAAACAUUCAAUGUAUCAAGUAGUCUAAAAUCACAUCAACGUAUUCACACAGGUGAAAAACCGUACAGCUGUGAAGAGUGUGGGACAACGUUCACUAAAUUAGGUAGUCUAAAAUCACAUCAACUUAUUCACACAGGUGAAAAACCGUACAGCUGUGAAGAGUGUGGGAAAACAUUCAAUGUAUCAAGUAAUCUAAAAUCACAUCAACUUAUUCACACAGGUGAAAAACCGUACAGCUGUGAAGAGUGUGGGACAACGUUCACUAAAUUAGGUAAUCUAAAAUCACAUCAACGUAUUCACACAGGUGAAAAACCGUACAGCUGUGAAGAGUGUGGGAAAACAUUCAAGGCAUCAACUCUCAAAACACAUCAACGUAUUCACACUGGAGAGAAACCGUACAGCUGUGAAGAGUGUUUGAAAACAUUCACGACAUCAGGUGCCCUCCAAAGACAUCACCGUAUUCACACAGGAGAAACACCUUACUGGUGUGAAGAGUGUGGGAAAAUGUUCAAGACAUCAGGUGCCCUCCAAGUACAUCACCGUAUUCACACAGGAGAAACACCGUACUGGUGUGAAGAGUGUGGGAAAAUGUUCAAGACAUCAGGUGCCCUCCAAGUACAUCACCGUAUUCACACAGGAGAAACACCGUACUGGUGUGAAGAGUGCGGGAAAAUGUUCAAGACAAAAGUUGAACUCAAAUCACAUCAAUAUAUUCACACAGGUGAAAAACCGUACAGCUGUGAAGAGUGUGGGAAAACGUUCACUAAAUCAGAUACUCUAAAAGCACAUCAACGUAUUCACACGGGAGAGAAACCGUACAGCUGUGAAGAGUGUGGGAAAACGUUCACUGAAUUAGGUAAUCUAAAAUCACAUAAACGUAUUCACACAGGUGAAAAACCGUACAGCUGUGAAGAGUGUGGGAAAACAUUCAGUACAUCAAGUGCCCUCCAAACACAUCACCGUAUUCACACAGGAGAAACACCGUACUGGUGUGAAGAGUGCGGGAAAAUGUUCAAGACAAAAGGUGAACUCAAAUCACAUCAACGUAUUCACACAGGUGAAAAACCGUACAGCUGUGAAGAGUGUGGGAAAACAUUCAAGGCAUCAAAGUCUCUCAAAACACAUCAACGUAUUCACACUUGAGAAAAACCAUACAGCUGUGAAGAGUGUGGGACAACGUUCACUAAAUCAGGUACUCUAAAAUCACAUCAACGUAUUCACACAGGAGAAAAACCUUACUGGUGUGAAGAGUGUGGGAAAAUGUUCAAGACAUCAGGUUUCCUCCAAACACAUCACCGUAUUCACACAGGAUAAAAACCAUACUGGUGUGAAGAGUGUGGGAAAACACUUUCUCAAAGUACCAGUCCUACGGUACGUCCACACGGUUCCGUCGCGUGCUUCAACGGAGACGCUUCCCAUUCACU